AUGUCGUCUACCGAGAACACCGACAAGCCCGUCGAGGAGGUCAAGCCUGUCGCGGAGGAGACUCCCAAGGAGACCACCGAGACCCCUGUCACCCAGAAUGCCGUCUUCUCCAUGUUCGGCGGCGGCGCAAAGAAGGAGAAGAAGGACGAGGAUGAGGACCGCGGCGACAACUCUGGCAGCGCCAAGGCCCAGCGUGAUGCCGCUGCCGCUGCUAAGGAGGGUGAUGAGGAGGAGGCCCCCGAGUCUGAGGACGUCCACUUCGAGCCCGUCAUCCGCCUGACCGAGAAGGUCGACGUCAAGACCAACGAGGAGUCCGAGGAGCAGAUGUUCAAGAUGCGCGCCAAGCUCUUCAUCUUCAAGCGCGAGGCCAGCGAGUGGAAGGAGCGUGGCACUGGCGACGUCCGUCUCCUGAAGCACAAGGAGAACGGCAAGACCCGGCUGGUCAUGCGCCGAGACAAGACCCUCAAGGUCUGCGCCAACCACUACAUCGUCCCCGAGAUGAAGCUGUCCCCCAACGUCGGCUCUGACCGAAGCUGGGUUUGGAAUGCCGCUGCCGACGUCAGCGAGGGCGAGCCUGAGGCCGUUACUCUUGCCAUUCGGUUUGCCAACUCUGAGAACGCCAACGGUUUCAAGGAUGCUUUCAUCAAGGCCCAGAAGGAGAAUGAGGAGCUGUUCAACAAGGCGGAGGGCGAGGCUGAUGAGGCCCCGGCCGUCGAGAAGGAGACUGAGGAGGCCGCAUAA